UUAAAACUUUAUCUUUAAAAUGAGACUUUGUUCAUUAAAAUCGAUAAAGAAUUACGCCUGUACUCAUUGUUGUUGUAAACUAUAAUAAAACCAUAGGUAAUAAAUAGCCUUAAUCGACUGGAUAUAUUCGAGGUUGUACGCAAGUUCAAUAGUGAAAAAUAUGUCAGUAGGUGUAACAAUAUGAAAUAUAAAAUACAAACUAUGCACCUAUUUAAGAAGUACAAAAUUAAGAAGCCUUUAAAUUAACUUUAGUGAAAAUGCAUUUUUCUAUACCAGACACCCAAGAAUUUUUAGAUGCAGCUAGUAACACAUAUGUUGGCUACAAUAUCCAUAUAAAUGGAUUAUUUCAUUGUACUGUACGUUACAAGCAAUUGCUUAACUUACACGAACAGUUAGUAAAAGAUGUUAAUAUUCCUCUUCCAACAUUUCCUCCAAAAAAGUUCUUUCCUUUAACUAUGACUCAACAAGAAGAACGCCGUAUUGGUUUAGAAAAAUAUAUUCAGACAAUAGGACAAGAUCCAGUAAUAAAUUCUUCAGAAUUAUUAAAUGGAUUUUUAUUAAAUGCACAACAAGAAGCUGUGAAUGGUCCAUUUGAGAAUGAGUAUUUAGAUGUAUUUCUUUCAAAUGACUAUAAAGUAACCAUUAAUGUUUCUACGAAAGAAAACUCUGGACAAGUUCUAAAGAAAGUAUAUGACCGUAUUAUGUUACUGAACCAUUUGCACCAUUACUUUGCUUUGUUUAUUAUUGUACAAGAAGAUAACAAUGCAAUUGUAUUGCGGAAGUUACAGGAUUUUGAAUCUCCUGUUAUAACAUAUAAAAACAUGUGUACUCUAGGUAUUCGAGUAGUACUUGGAAGAAAUUAUUGGGAUAUUGAGCAUGAUUUAGAAAUAUUAGAUGAUUCGAUAGGUUUAAGUUUAUUAUACAACCAAACAGUAGCUGAGAUUCAAAGGGGAUGGAUCUUGAUUACAGAUGAAGUGCAAAAUUGCUUGGAAAAUCUACAAAAAAAUGAAACGAAAAAAGAGUAUAUGAAGAUUGCACGCACUUUGAAAUAUUAUGGUUAUGUACAAUUUAUACCAUGUUUUUGUGAUUAUCCUCAAUCAGAAUCGAAGGUAAUAAUUGCCAUUGGUAAAAAUGAAUUAAAUUUACGUGUAUUAACGUCCGAUCUUAAACCACAAGAAAUAGCAUUUAAGGUAACUAGAAUGCGAUGUUGGCGUAUAACUACUUCACAAAAUGGUAUAGACAGAUACAACCAUCAUGAUCAUUUUAAUCUUGAGCUAUCUUUUGAAUAUUUAAUAGCGAAGAAUCAAUUGCAAUGGAUUACGAUUUCUUCUGAUCAGGCUAUUUUAAUGUCUGUAUGUCUGCAGUCUAUGAUAGACGAAUUAUUAUUAAAAAGUACAGAUGGCAAUAAGCAUCAGGAACCACAAAAAAAAUCAUGGACAUAUAUAAUGAGAGAUGGACAUAGCCGUAUUGUUAUGGGUGCUGGACCAAUAGAAAAUAUUGAUGAAGAAAAACAACAAGAUGAAGUUCAUUCCACUGCUGGAGUAGAACCUAUUAUUAAAAAAUUAACAGACAGGUUGUCAAUUAUAAAACUAAAGAAAUCUAGCGACGACAAAACUAUAGUUUAUAAACAUGAAAGAGGACGCACAAGAGAAUGUGAUAUUGUGGAGAAUAAUGCAUUUUAUACUAUAGGAGAUGAAGAUUUAUAGUCUCUUAUUACUUAUUAUUCUAAAGAAUUAAACAAAUGUUUGCUUGACAAAUUCUAUAUCAUAUUUUAUAUAAUAUAACUUUUUUAAUAAUCUAUAUAUAAUUGCAACUAAAAAACUGAUGAUAUUAUGACUAUAACGAGUAGACAUCAGAAUUUGUGAUAUAUUUAUAUACAUGUUAAUAUGAAUUAACUUUCUGUAAUAUAUUGUAUAUUGCAAAGAUAUUUAUGCGAUAAGAAAAUACGCGAAUAUUCUAAUUUUUUUAAAUAUAAAAUCAAAUAUG